AUGUUUCACAAUACUUUCCAAAGUGGACUCCUUUCUGUUCUCUACAGUAUCGGAAGCAAACCAUUACAAAUAUGGGAUACUCAGAUAAAAAAUGGUCAUGUGAAACGAAUAACCGACGAAGAGAUUCAAUCUCUGGUUCUCGAAAUCAUGGGAAACAACAUCAGCACCGCAUUCAUCAGUUGUCCAGUCGAUCCAGAGAAGACACUUGGAAUCAAAUUGCCAUUCUUCGUGAUGGUUGUCAAAAACAUGAACAAGUACUUUUCAUUCGAAGUUCAAAUUAUCGAUGACAAGAAAAUCAAGCGACGGUUCCGUGCGUCGAACUAUCAGUCCGCAACAAGAGUGAAGCCGUUCAUCUGCACAAUGCCAAUGAGAAUGGACGAAGGAUGGAAUCAGAUUCAGUUCAAUUUGAGCGACUUCGUUAAACGCGCAUACGGAACAAACUACGUCGAGACUCUCAGAAUUCAGAUUCAUGCAAACUGCCGCAUCCGUCGAGUCUACUUCGCCGAUCGAUUGUACACCGAAGAUGAAUUACCGGCAGAAUUCAAAUUGUAUCUCCCGAUUCGUGGACAACUUUCCACUCAAUCACCUGCAUUCGCAAUGACAUCUGAAUAA